AUGAACAAUUCUCCCGCGCCGGCCAUCAUGGCUGCUAAUUCCGAUAUCAACAUCACUGCCGCAUCUCUUCGAGGUAGUCCCUCUGAUCGAAUUAUCAAGCCUCGGCCCCGAAAAGACUCGCUGCAUUCUAUCUCGGGAUCAGAAUCGGUUCCUGGACGCGUUGUGAAGCCCCGGGCGCGCAAGAGUCCCGGCUCUGGUGCCAAGCGAUCCGAACCCGCCAAGCGCAAGUUCAUCUGCUCCUUCAGUCACUAUGGUUGCGACGUUGCCUUGAGCUCCAAGAACGAAUGGAAGCGCCAUGUUUCAAUUCAACAUCUUCAACUUGGCUUCUACCGCUGCGAUGUCGGCCCUUGCAAUCCCGAGUACAACCCGGGCGUGCCAGGUCAUAAGCGUGUUUACAACGACUUCAACCGCAAGGAUCUGUUCACCCAGCAUCACCGCCGCAUGCACAAGCCCGAGACCGGUCCAGGCUCGGGUGUCUUUGCUCCAGGUCAAGAAAACAGUGCCGACUGGAAAGCGUUCGAAGAUACUCUCGAGAGCGUUCGCCAGCGCUGCUGGGUUGAGAAACGCAAGCCUCCUCAGCGUAGCACUUGCGGCUUCUGCGGUCGAGUCUUUGAAGGCGAAGGCAGUUGGAACGACCGUAUGGAGCACGUUGGCGGCCAUUUUUCCCGCGACGUGAUUGAUUCCAAGGAAGAGCGCGAGGACGAGGAUCUCACCAACUGGGCAACACAAGAAGGCAUCAUCAAAGAUGCUGGCAACGGCAGACAUAUUCUUGCAGACCAACCUCCGAGCACCCGUAUGCAAACCUACCCACCCAGCCCUGCUCUAACCCUAGCUAACAAUUUCACUCAAGUCCCAGGACAGGAGCUCCCCAUGAACCACAGCCUGAUUGAUCCCAGCAUCAGCCAGGCGGGUCCGUAUCAGGAUCCAAAUGCCCCCUUCUCUCCUACAUCGAAUGGUAUGGACCCCCGUCUAUAUGCCCAGAUGAUGUCGGACCCCUAUUCUCUCUUUGCAGAUGCGGCUUCAGGUCCGCUGACAUUGCCUUUUGAACCAGGUCAAGGCCUUGGAUCUCCGUCUGAUCGUCGUAAUUACAACACGGCUCCGCCGCCCCUGGGUGGGCUCGGCGAGACUGGUGCCGGAGACGGGUCAGGCGAUAGACUGGAAGAUCUGAUUCACCAGCUCACCAAGCCUAAAGAGCCUCUAAUGCAGCGACGCUUAGCAUGGAAAUGUGAUUGUCAGCUCAAUUUUGCCAUCAACGUCGACGAGAACGACAAGCAGCUCAUCGAGAGGCUGUCCAACAUAAACAUUGUCUGUGGCAAGUCACAGUCAGCAUACCUCAAGAUGGGCAAGGCGGCGAAGUACACAGUCGUCAAAUGUGACGAGCUUGUGAAAUACAUCAAGGAUGAGACCGGAAUCGAUAUCGAACAGUCCGGCACCGCCAUCACGCCUCUUACGGUGGCGCCGACGGCCGGCCCGGUCGAAGAGGGCUCGAUGACCGAGACCGCUCCCACUUCGUAA